GCGUUUAUUUUUCUUUCACAUCAAAAAUGGCGUCGCAGCAACAACAGCAGCAGCUGGGUACCAACAAUCCUCAAAUGACCGUUCAGCAAGCCGCUAUUUUACAGCAGCAGCAACAACAACAACAACAACAACAGCAGCAGCUCAGUCAACAACAAGACUUUGAUCCCGUUCACAGAUUCAAAAUGCUAAUACCACAGCUCAAGGAGAGUUUACAGAAUGUCAUGACUAUUGCUUCACAAAAUUUUUCGUACAAUACUGCAAUUGACAACCAACGCACAACAGAGAAGGGUAAUGAGGCAGCUGUACAGCGGUUCGACAAAAGUUUAGAGGAGUUUUAUGCUCUCUGUGAUCAGUUGGAGCUCUGUCUGCGUCUUUCCCAUGAGUGUCUCUCACAGAGCAUCGACAGCACAAAGCAUUCUCCCAAUCUUGUACCUACAGCCACCAAACCAGACACAGUACAAACUGAAUCUUUGUCUUACUCGCAGUAUCUUAGUAUGAUCAAAUCACAGAUUUCAUGUGCUAAAGACAUCCAUAAUGCUCUUUUGGAGUGUUCAAAGAAGAUUGCUGGAAAGGGACAGUGAGCUUGUAAAUGUAGUGUCAUUUUGGUAUUGUUUUCCAUAACUUUGUGAUUCUGAUUUAAGAAUAAAUAUUUUUUGCUUGUAA